GGUCGGGGAAGGCCUCUCGGAGGAGAUGGGCCUUCGGCGAGGCUCGGAAGGUGGCGGUUAUUCGGUGCCUGUUUCUGAGAUUAUCGCCGUAGAAGAAACAGAAAUUGACGAGAAGAGACAUAACAGCGGAAAAUGGCAAAAAAUGGCAAAGCCUCACGCUUUCACAGUGUACUACGUGAAGAGAGCCCGGCACCACCACUGGCGGUGUGGACGAGUGACGUUCUGGUGCAGCGAGGAGCAGCUGUGUAACCGGUGGCUGCAGGCCCUCCGAGAAUCGCUCGAGAAGCUGACAACUCGGCCGAAACACCUACUUGUGUACAUCAACCCCUUUGGAGGAAAGCAACAGGCGAAGCGAAUCUAUGAGCAGAAAGUGGCUCCACUCUUCAGCCUGGCGUCCGUCUCCGCCGACGUCAUCGUCACUGAGCACGCUAAUCAUGCCAAGGACAGUUUACUGGAGAUUAAUAUUGAGAAAUACGAUGGGAUCGUGUGCGUCGGUGGGGAUGGGAUGUUCAGUGAAGUGAUGCAUGGCCUCAUCGGAAGAACCCAGAAGGAUUCUGGGAUCGAUCAGAAUAAUCCCCGAGCGUCGCUAGUCCGGUGUAAUCUAAGGAUCGGCAUCAUCCCGGCAGGUUCGACAGACUGUGUUUGCUACGCAACGGUCGGUACCAACGAUCCAGUCACGUCGGCAUUGCAUAUUAUCGUCGGCGACUCCCUGCCCCUGGACGUCUCUUCGGUCCAUCACGACGACACGUUUCUGAAGUACUCGGUCUCCCUGCUGGGCUACGGGUUUUAUGGGGACAUUCUGAGAGACAGCGAGAAGAAGCGGUGGAUGGGUCUGAUCAGAUAUGACUUUUCGGGUCUCAAGACCUUCCUGUCUCAUCAUUACUACGAGGGCACGGUGUCCUUCCUGCCGGCUCAGCACGCGGUGGGAUCUCCCCGAGAUAAAAAAGGAUGUCACACAGGAUGUUUCGUUUGCCGGCAAAGUAAGCAGCAACUGGAAGAGCAGCAGAAAAAAGCGUUGUACGGCUUGGAGAAUACAGAGGAAGCCGAAGAGUGGAAGGUGGUCCGGGGGAAGUUUCUGGCCAUCAACGCGGCCAACAUGAGCUGCGCUUGCCCCCGGAGCCGGAAGGGCCUCUCCCCGGCCGCUCACCUGGCCGACGGCUCCGCGGAUCUCAUCCUGGUCCGGAAGUGCUCCCGCUUCAACUUCCUGCGUUACCUUCUGCGGCACACCAACCGGGACGACCAGUUUGACUUCACGUUUGUGGAGGUCUACCGCGUCAGGAAGUUCCGGUUCGCGUCGAAGCAUUCAGAAGAGGAGGACGCGGCCGGCCGGCCCGGCGGGCCCAAGCCCCCGGGCCCCGCGUGCGGGGACCACCCCGCCCCCUGCUGCUGCGGCCGCUGCGGACCCCUGGGCGGCAGCACCUGGAACUGCGACGGGGAGAUCCUCAACAGCUCCGCCAUCGAGGUCAGGGUUCACUGCCAGUUGCUGCGCCUCUUUGCCAGAGGAAUCGAGGAGAAGCCCAGACGGGAAGAGCGGAGCUGAGGAGCGUCACCGGGGUCGCCCGCCGCCUCGCUAGCGCCCAUCUCCACGUCACCUUUAGGAAAAAAAAAAAUCCGUCGGACAGAGUAGGCUGACGUCCAUUUGACAUUCGGAGUUUAUUUUUGAUAGCUAUAUUUUAAUUUUAGAAGGAAAAAAAGUCCCCGUACGUCAACCGUGCAUGUAUGUCUUCAGCCUUUGGACUUUGGUCCGAAUCCUCCGCUUGUAUUUCAGGAUAAUUCAUUCCCCACACCCGCGUGGGUCACCCAAGAGACCGCGCCCGACCUUCCCCGCUUGCCGAAGGCCCAACUCGGUGGGAGUGCUGCGGUCACAACGGUGACGACGACAACUGUAGCCGCUCGGCCUGCAAAUGAAGGCUAGUCCUUCUGGCUGGGAAGACUCUUGCUCCCAGGACUUGCUCACCUGGCUCUGCCUCCUUUCGUGGAGGGAUCCCAAGAUCACGUUCUCCUCCCUUUUCGUUUUCGAUCCACCCUCCCCGUCCUGCGCCACGCAACUUUCCGGCGCCUCCGACCGCUCGGUCCAGGCCUCCGCAUCCAGGAAGCGCUCGGUCGGUUGGGCCGACCGAUUCACCCUGGCUCUGGACUGCUCAGCGUCACACCACCAGCUGAACGGGGAGUGUCUCCGUCGCUUUGACGUCGCCCCUUCCCCCGUGUCGGCUGCCCGUGCCUCUCAGAACGGAGCGUCCCCCAGCCGCUAACAAGGCCCGCGACAGUUUCCGGCUCGGGAAAGAUGGCUCCCGAGAGAGUAGCUCUCGGAGGCAGAAACACAGGCAGAGAAAGUGGAUUGUCAAGCCAGAAUGCUUCUCGCUUGCUUUUCGUCUUUUCCGAUUAGACGUAGAGCACGGCGUUGAGGCGGGGGUUGCUCUGUCUAGCUCCAGAGUGAGUUAUUUUCAUGUGGGAUAAAGUGUGGGAAGGGGCUGGCCCUCCAAAGGUCACCGGGAGUUAUUUCCCGUCAACGCUACUGAUUGCAGAAGAGGAGUAUCCUCUACCGCAGGGCAGAGCUUCUCCCCUUCAAUGUCGCGUUGUCCCGUGACAUUCUGACCGCCGAACGGUCCCUUUCACGAGUUCUGUUCCUCCUCCCUCCACCCCCGCUUGCAGGUCCGCGAAGUGCCGGCUUCGUGCCGUCAUCCUGUGAGACGGGCGUGUGUGUGAAGGGAUGUCUGUGACCCCGGGCCUGAUUCCUCCUCUACCGCAGAAGCCCUCGAAAAGGCAGUUAAUCAGAGGAAGCCGAUUUCUUCCACCGAGGCCGCCGUCGUCUCGAGUUCCGUUGUCCUUGCCAAGCCGUCGUUCUGGGGUUCGUACUUCUGCGGUAGGCAUGGGCAACGUAGUCUCGUUUCGGAUAGGACGCUACGCAGCUUAGGAUCUCCGUGUGAGCCUAGAGAGAACGCGAACGGAAUUCGUGCGGUCUGAUCCUCUCCCCGAAUGCUUACCGGAUGGAGUUUCCAAAGGAGUCACCGCAACACAUCCUUGACAUAGAAAUAUAUACAUACAUGUGUAUAUACAUGUAUAUUUUGGGACUUACUCAGCCCUUAGUAUUCCGCAGUCCAGAUUCAUCCCGCGGUCCACGCCCGACCUCACGGGAGCUCCCUCCGCCUCCUCGGGGGGCUGCGGCCGCCCGGGGCCGACGGACGGCGGUCCGGCCGAAGCCCGGGGGAAACCCAGCAGGCGCCGGGAACGGUCGAGCGUCGACUGACCGACGAAUGGAAAAGACCGGGUGCGGAGCCCGGCCCGGGGGGAGCCGGGAGAUGCCCCGCGGCCUUGACCCCGUUGGGCUCGAGGAGCUUUCCAACCCGACAGCGGCGGAGCAGAGGACGAGGGCGGGUUUCUCCGGAACCUCCACGUUCCCCCUCCCGCCCCGGCCUGCCCGACCCGAGGUCGAGCACAGAGGGGAUCGUGCCUCGGGAAUGGCGGGAGUGGAAGGAUCUUCCCUUCUGUCCCUCUCCCCUCCGACCUGCUGCUGCUGUCCAAAGGCCACCUCCCCUGCUGCGGCUAAACGGUCCGGCUAGCAGCUGGCCGAGGGGAGCCCCCACACCCGCGACCCCCUGCGACAGAUCCCACCCCCCAGCGCCCCCGAUCCCGCGGAGAGGGAGAGGAGGUGCUCUUAGAGAAGGAGAGCCCAGCGAGGAGGCCAGUGGGAGCGGAGGGUGUCCGGGCCGGCCCGCCCCGGGGAACGGCAGCUCGAAUGGAUGGUGGAGAGAGGGAGAGUCAACGAGUAGAAGGCGGCGACGGUGUAGUUGGAUCCAUUUUCUUUGUAGAUCACGCAGACAGAAGAAUUAAGCGACGAUUAUGCUUCUGUGAUGUGGUCUGGCUACUCCGAUUAAGGAAAAACAAAAAAGCUCUCUGCCCGCUUCUGUCUUAAUUAAAAACAAUUAUGCACACGUUCCUUAAAUACAGUCUCGGGAUGGAAGUUAAUGGAUGGAAAAAUGUAAGUUUAAUUUUCUUUCUAAUCUUGCGGGUUUCAAGAUUAGGAAAUGGUAUAUUUGAUGUCCAGAUGCAUUUGGGAGAACUUCAAAACAAUAAAUUAACGUUGGACACAGUG